UCCUUUACUCUGCGCUUUGGUCUCUAUUUGCUUUUCUCAGCCAAACCAUUCACUCAAUCAAACCCCCCUUCUCACAUUUGCCUGAAAGCAAAUGGCAUUCAAGUUUAACUGGCCUCAGUUCGACGCUGAGUUCUAUGACGAGGCAAAGAGUCAACUGGAAGUUGCUCUGAACAAGGGUAACAAACCCAAAAACAUCGUCGACCAUAUCACCGUUAAAGAACUCGACAUGGGCACCUUGCCACCCGAACUAGAGAUUCUGGAAAUCGGUGAACUUGCUACUGACAAAUUCCGUGGCAUCUUCAAAUUGACUUACAGUGGGGAUGCGUACAUUGUGUUGCAGACAAAAGUUCAGGCGAACCCUAUGCACUCCAAAAAAAGUCAGCUACCACGACAUGCUCGUCCUGGUAUACUUGCCGCGGAUCAACCUCUAGUGGUACCUAUGUUGCUUAGAAUCAGCGACCUCAAGCUUCGAGGUAUUGUGGUUCUCGUUGUGUCCAAAACCAAGGGCAUCACGCUGGUAUUCAAAAACGACCCUCUGGAAAACAUCUUGAUCAGUUCAACCUUCGAUAGUGUGAGCAGUGUCCGGAAUUUCUUACAAAGGGAGAUUGAAAAGCAACUACGCACCAUGUUUCAGGAAGACCUCCCUGUUAUGAUUCAUAAUUUGAGUCUUCGAUAUAUUAAUAAGGAACAAGAAGAAAAGCGACGACAGGAAUUACAACGACGACAAGCGCUUCCUUCACCACCAGCGUCUGUUAUGUCGGAUGUUAAAUCGCGCAUGCUGUCUAGUCAAUAUGAUACUAUGUCCAUGCCUGAACUUACGCCGCCAAUACCUCCUUCACUUCGAAACCGUCGUUUGCGGUCCGAGGAUGACAUAGCAUCCUACUCGGGAUAUCUCUCGGAAGGCCAUCCUGCUAUUUACCGACCACAACAAGAAUUUGCUUCUUUCGGCGACCUUCAUUACCACGACACCAUCUCCCUAAAAUCCGCCGCAUAUGCAAGCCAUUUGAAUGGCACUUCCACCUUAAAUUAUGAUGAUUAUUCCCGCAACACAUCUUCUAUGCGGUCUACUGAUUACAUCGGACUAGACCCCGCUCCGCAAUAUACGACAGAGCACCAUCAAGAUAUAUGCUCAGAGGCACCUUCUGAAGAUGGCUCAUUGGUAUUUGGACCAUCCUCUUCCAACUCGGUGACCUAUGAGGAUUAUUCACCUUCCGAUGAAUACGGGUCAUUAGCACUAGAUCAGUUUGGGCUCACACCUGUCACACUACUUUUGCCACAAGACCAAGAGAUUGUUUUACAACCAUCAGAGAAUGCUAUGGCUGCGAAAUUGGCUCAGUUGUCUUGUGCUCACCAUACCAUUUCACCCUUCACGCCUGCUUUAGAACAUUACACGUAUCGUAGCCUUCCACAUACCGUCAAGAGAAACGGCCACAACAUACCCAAUAAGAAGAAGAUACCCAAGCGCCGGAUCAUUCGAUACGCGACAUCAUCCCAACUCGAAAAGGAUCCUCCAAAAAGCCCAACGGAAAGUGAAGGUUCGGUAUCAUGGGAACGUCGGUCUUCCCCUGUCCCUCAAUCACCCACUGCUUCCAUUUCACAACCUUUGCAAAUACGUCCGCCUGCCCUUUCUCCUUAUCUUGCCACUCGCCUAAGCCGAAGUCUCUCUGACCCUCAUCAACAUGUACAAUAUCAUAUGCCCAGUAUUGAAAGUGUAGCUAGCCAAGGUGUAUGAUUUUUAGGUUGUUUUCUCACUUUACGAUUGCUUUUUCUUUGUACAUGUUCCUGUUUUUUAUUUCGCCCAUUUUCCCACUUCCACGAUGUUUUCUCCAAGAUUAAACAUAAAAUCAUCCGUAAUAAUAGUUUUAAAAAAAAAGAAAGAAAGAAAAAUCUCAUCAGAGCGCUUUCCUUUAAUUCAGUAAAACUGUGACGUUGGUGGGUGGGGAAGCGUUGGGACUCACCGCAAAUGGACUCAGUCGGAGACACUUGGUUCCCUUGACUACUUCAUUCAAAACAUGUCCCAUUAUCUUAUAGCAGUUUGGGACUAUGUUGCCGAAGGGGAAUUUGAGCUCUCGUUCAAACAGGGUGAUAAAAUAAAACUGCUCGAGCGACACAAUGAUGAUUGGUAAGUUCAUGGUCAUAA